AUGCCUACUCGUCCCUCAAGCAGGCGGUUAACCCGCUCCCAACGCCGCGAGGAGUCUCCUCCGCCUGCCAGCCCCUCUCCCACCGCUUCUGACGUCUCUUUUGACGAGGAAACGCCUGCCCUGCAGUCCUCGCACGUCACCCUCGGCACCUCUCUACCGCCCACCCCGGUCCCUGCCUUUAACGACCCCUUCGACUCUGAUCCCGGGGAUGCUUUUGAGCCUUCCCUAGAGCCGUCAGACGAGGAAAUCGAAACCGACGACGAUACCAACGUUAUCCCCGCCUCUCAGCCGGCCUCCCAAGUCUCCCUGCCGGCCUCGCAACGCGCCCAGAAACGAGGCAAAGGGUUCGUCUGGUCCGGCGCUCAAAUAGUGCGCUUUUUGCAGGUGCUGGCGGGCAUGGGCCGGGCCGGGCAGUUGGACCCCCGCAUCAGUAACUGGCAACGCAAGGCCUUCUCAAAAGCUGAACGGAAGUUGCGCAGGCAGUGGCCCUCUAUCUCGUGGAAAGGGAAGGUCAAAAGCAAGUAUAUGUACCUGAAAAAGCGCUACAGAGAGUGGGAGGGCUUUGGGAAGCGGUCAGGGGUCAGCGUUGAUCCAGAUACAGGCAGAUAUAUCGCCAGCCGCAACUGCUUUGAGGCCUACUUUCAAGUCAACUCUGCGGCCCGUUGGAUCCUCAAGGGGCCGCCGGAGCAUCUCGAUCUCUGCCGGGCCGUUUUUGACGGCAACUGGGCCUCCGGGGACCUCGCAACCACGGCAGGCGGGCGCUUGCGCGAUCAGGGCCUUGCCCGGCCCUUGCCCGAGGCUGAACAGGACCCCUUCGAAAGCGAGUCUAACGAUAGUGCAGACGGUGCAGGCGGUGCGUUUGCCGGCCCGGUAGCGACUCCUGCCGGCCCCCCUCAGGCCUUGACAGUCGCCCGGGCGCAGUACUACGUCGGGGAGAGCCUUAGGGAGGCCGCACGCACGCUGGCAGGCCAGCCUUGCCCUGCAACGCCGGGGUCUUCUGGGACUUCCCCUACCUCCUCCGCCGGCACGUCUCGAGGCGCGCCCAGUCCCUACUACCUGCGCAGCCUAGAAAAGUGGGUUGAGGCCUCGAAAACGCUGAACAAGGCGCCAUGGAAAGAGAGAUUGGUUGCGAGGGAUCGCUGCAAGUUGAUCUCGGCGUUCAAGGCCGACACGGGGAUCGCGGUCUGGUGGCUUUCGUUGGAAGAGGAUAGGGAGUUAAUUUGGGAGUUCGUGCGAGGCGAUUCUAUGAGCGCGAUGCUUGGAUAA